GAGGAGUGUCAACCAGGCACGGGCUUCCGGAGGAGAACGCUGUCCAACAGGUUGGUCGGGAGGACAACUCUGCGGCAUUGGUUGAGUCGGCCGGGCUUUGACUUUCGGCGGGAACAGCGGCCUGUGUGGAGUCCUUCGUGAACACCGGGAGCGCAGAGGCUGAACCCGAGGGAAGAGGCUCUAGAGCCCCGGGACCUGCUCCCGCCUGGCGUGUGUUCUCAGCUAGGCAGAAGACCGUGGUCCGGGAGCAGCGGGGCACUAAUCCUACUGCAAUUGCUCAUAGGAUAGAGGGGGCGAUCGCCGACCCCAUCCCCCUCGCCCGGGACCACGAGGGUGAUCCGGCAGGGUCCAGUGAGCCGGGAGUGGUGGCUAGAGGAAGCGACAGAACUACAGAAUCACAGAUUGGACUUCCUGGAACUCAGGGAGCAUGAUUCAAAACUGGCUUCAACAAGAAGGGAGGCUGAGUGACUAGAGAGAUGACUCAGCAGCUAAGAGCACUGCCUGCUCUUCCAGAGGACCCAGGUUCAAUUCCCAGCACCCACAAGGCAGCUCACAACCAUCUGUAAAUCUAAUCCCAAAGAGCUGAUGGUGCCAUCUUCUGGCCAUCAAAGGUAUGGAUAAAUUGGGACAGAUCAUCGCCUUAGGCGAUCUCAUCUAUAAAAAGUGUGAAGAGAUGAAGUACUGCCGGAAACAAUGCAAACGUCUAGGGAAACGCAUACAAGGUCUGCUACUGCCUCUCCAGAGGCUCAAGACCCAAGGAGUGGACAACCUGCCAGAUGACAUAAUUGCUGCCCUGGGCCGUUUUGAGGCUGUCCUGGAGGAGGCAAGGCAGCAGAUAGAAAAGUUCAGCAAUAAGUCCAAUUUGUGGAAGUUUGUGACUUCGGGCAAUGACAAGAUACUUUUCCUUGAAGUGAAUGAGAAGCUGGGAGAUGUCUGGGAGGAGCUAUUGCUGCUGCUCCAGGUUGAUCAACGGAACUCUGCUCCAAAUGUCAGCCAAAGGGCCUCCUGGCUACAGGAAGAUCAACAGGAUGCAGAGGAGGAUAGAAAUGACCCUACCCUAGCUAUCUUGAAGAAUAUAAGUAUUGGCAUGGAAGAAAUCAAGGAAAUUCUGAAACGACGCUCACUGACACCCACACAGGAGAUCCCACAGGAGCAAAUCAAGGAGAUUAGGAAGGAGCAUCUUCUCAGAUCUCCAUGGACCUUACUGAAGAACAAUAACCUCAGCACACUUUACAGAGGAGAGUACCACAGAUCUCCAGUUACCAUCAAAGUAUUCAACAAACCCCAAAAUGGCAGUGGAAUAGUGAGGGACAUCUUCAAUAACGAGAUCAGAGCCAUGAAGAAAUUUGACUCUCCCAAUAUCUUACGUAUAUUUGGGAUCUGCAUUGAUGAAACAGUGAAGCCCCCUGAAUUCUCCAUUGUCAUGGAGUACUGUGAACAUGGAACCCUGAGGGAACUGCUGGAUAAAGAAAAGAAUCUCACAUUUAAUGAACGCAUCUUCCUAGUCCUGGGAGCAGCUAAAGGUUUAUACAGGCUACACCACACGGAAACACCUCAACUGCACAAAAACAUCAGCAGCUCGAGCUUCCUGGUGGCUGGAGGCUACCACGUAAAGCUUGCAGGAUUUGAAUUAAGUAAAACACAGGCUUCCAUCAGUGGGGAGACAAAAACCACUAAAGGAGAGAAAAUCUAUUCAUCACCGUAUACCUCUCCUCAGAGACUGGAAAAUCUGCAUUGUAAAUAUGAAAAACAAGAUGAAAUAUAUAGCUUUGGAAUUGUACUCUGGGAAAUUGCCACUGGAAAGAUCCCAUUUGAAGGCUGUAAUUCUAAGAAGAUCUACGAGCUGGUAGCUGAGGGCCGGAAGCAAGAGCCAGUGGGUGAAGAUUGCCCCAAGCUAUUGAAGGAGAUCAUUGAUGAGUGUCGGUCCUAUGAGCCCUCCCAACGGCCCUCUGUGGAUGCAAUCUUAGAGAGACUGUCUGCAAGUAAAACUGAAUUGUGUAUUCAAACCUCAUCUGAAGACUCCCUGGACAAGAAGCUGGAAGAAGCCGGGCAUGGUGCAGGUCUUUAAUCCCAGUACUCAGGAGGCAGAGGCAGGCGGAUCUCUGUGAGUUUAAGAACAGCCUGGUCUCAAGAGCUAGUUCCAGAACAGCCUCCAAAGCCACAGAGAAACCCUGCCACGAAAAACAAAAAACAAAAAACAACAACAACCAACCAAACAAACAAAAAAGCUGGAAGAGGAACAAACUGGACAUUCGUCUUUUAUAUAUGUUAGUAUCAAAUUUUGCUAGGUUCUAAAUUCUUUUUUUUUUAAAUGGGGUCUCACCAUUAGUCCCAGCUAGCUUGGAACUUGAUAUAUAGAAUAGACUAGGCACGAACUCAAAGAAAUCUUCCAGUUUUGCCUCUUGAAUGCUGGGAAUAUGGGCAUGGGCCACCACACCUGGCAAAGUUCUCAUUUGUUACAAAUAGAAAACAGGGGCUGGAGAGACGCCUCAGAGGUUAAGAGCACUGGCUGCUCUUCCAGAGGACCUGAGUUCAAUUCCCAGCAACCACAUGGUGGCUCACAACCAUCCGUUAUGAGAUCUGGUGCCCUCUU